CGGAUCAUCAACUGCCACACCGAGGAGGAGUACGCGAAGGUGUUCAGGAAAGCGGGCGACGGCGGGUUGGUCCUCGUCGAAUUCGUCGCGGGGUGGAGCACGUCGAGCAAGUCCAUGGCGCCGUACAUGACGACGCUCGCGAAAUCGCCGGAGUACAAGAAGAUCACGUUCGCGCGCGUGGACAUGGAAGCGCUCCCGGGCGUCGCGCAGAAGUGUAACGUGAAAGCGCUGCCGACGUACCAGCUGUGGAAGGGCACGGAGAAGCUCGACGAGAUGUCGGGCGCGAUGCCGGCGAAGCUCGUCGCGAUGUUGAAGACGCAU